CGAUACCACUCAUUUCUCACCUGACCCGAUAAGAAUGUCUGAAUAUUUGCCUUCAGUUCAAAAAAUAUAGAGUUAGCUUAGUUCUCACCCAAUGAAACACAAAAUGAAUGCUCCCAAAUUAGUUUUGAUUUCAUCUUUAUUAUUUAUUCUCGCUCAAGGAGUAUCCUCACAGUUGGAAUGCCAUUCCUGUCAAGGAGGCUACAAGACCUCUUGCGGAACCGCUAAUGCUCUAGGUACCACGGAACUAUGUGAAGGAGCUGAUGCCCAAUGUUACGAAGCGAUAAAAUAUUUCCAAAGAGGUGCUAUCAAAUAUGUGGAGAGAAGAUGUUGGGUUCCAGAUAAAAAGUCCAAAACAAAAGAUUAUUGUUCAUCGUUCAACAAUCCAAAUGGUCAACUCAUAUACUGUAAAACUUGUAGAACUAACAGUUGUAACACUCAUCCUUAUGGAACUUGUGGUUUGAAGGAUUCUCGGCCAUCACCUUCGAAUUUUACUGAUUUUCAUUAUGUUGGCUCCCAGAAAGAAUGACAAACUGUAUGAAUAUGCACAAUAAAAUAAAUAUUCAAUAAUGUGA